AUGACAUCGUUCAAAGUCAAGAGUGAGCAAGGUAAAUUGGUUGUAAGGCGUUGUGAGGAGGGAGAUCGAAAGCAGGAGCAGAACCGUGCAGCUGCAGCAGAGAGCAGAGGGACGACGGGGGGGAAGACCGUCGACAAGGUUGUAACGGGGGGCGGGGAAACGAGAAGAGGACUCCUGGACUGGGGAGAAGAAGAGAUGCAGGCUUCAAGCUGGACUGGGAAAGGUACCGGUACAUCGGACACCUUCAGCUUCCCUGAUCCCAGCAGUCUCUCCGCUGUUGCUGGCUUGGUCUGCUCCGUAUCUCUUCGUUCUACGCUGCGACUGGCCCGCCUGGCUGUUCUCCUUACCGCCCAGUCCAAUAAACUACUGCAUAGUCUUUACCGGAACCUUGCUAGUAGCUUCUUCCUACUAUCGUCCUCACUGGAAGAGCCGCGAUCUGGUUGCUGAAGCGAUGGCAUGACGUGCAGCCCCAGGAGGAAUUUCUUGCCAAAACGACAACGCAUUCAUGCACGGGAAAAUUUUGAAAAACUCACACAAAGCAAAGCUGGAUGGAGGUAAACAAACCCCGUUUCCUCCUUUAGAGAGGCGUUAUUAACAAGGAAAUAAUCUACUUUGGCAUUCCUAUGAUUAAAAAUUACACGCUGGAGAAGAGCGGGAGAAGAAAAAUAAGCGCAGAGAUGAUUCAGAAACUGAGGGUUCCGGAAGCACUUCCUGGUUCGUGUCGAUGUAGAAGAGAGCAUUCCAGGCUUACGAUGAAUAACUACGCAGUAUAUCAUGAAACAAUAAAACAAGGAUAUCAUUCUACAUCAAGCUUGGUUUUACAUCACCACCUCCACCUACCCUGGCUAACUAUACUUAGCACAUCACUCCGCUAGAAAGCGAGUUGGUUAUUCCAAUUGCGCCAAUAUGCCAACAUUGCUGUGGAGAGCAUUGACUGUGUGUCUGUCUACCCGCGGAUCGUCAACCAUGUCUCUUUGCUCAAGGUUAGAAGCAAACAAUAUCUGCGUUCAUCUCCAAAUCUUAUUUUUGCAAUCAAAUGGAUGGAGAUCUACAGUUGCCCUUUCAUCGGAAUAGCCCCCAUGGUAAAAGAGAGGAAACCUGAGAUUCUUCCCAUCAUCUGCCUUGCUUCAAGUUGCUUGACGAUCCCAUGCCGUGCGCCUCUUCCCUGGUCACUAAAAAACGCUUCAGCUCUUCAUGGCGCAAGCGUCGGCCGUGGGUAUUUAUCCGAAAACAGGGAGACAGGGAGACACGGAGACAAAGACAAGGAUGUUGCUAUGGAAAAUAGCUCUCUUUAACCAGAUAUUUAGCGUAUCAACAGCCACGAUACUUCGGAGAGAGACUCCAAUUCAGCCAGCCUGCACUGAUGGAUCCUGGUCUCACGAUCCACUUACGUGUACCAAUCCUCCUGUCUCGACUCUCAAGCAGGAGCUUUGGCUUCAGCGUUAGCCAAAAAUGAUCCUGUUAGUUCUUUUUCGUAACAAGGCCUGCAACAAGAAGGCAAAUAACACCGCACGCAACCACAAACUGGGGUUCUACUCUGUAUUCUAUUGUGCCAUGGCCCUCGGUGCCACCCCUUACUGACACCACCGGAAGCACCCGCCAUUGAGACCGAAUCCGCAAGGCUCUGAAUGAGAUUAAAUAUUAACCGAGAGAGGAAAUGCGAGCAUCCAAUCAGCGGUAGCUAGCUAGCCCGCGCAGAAUUCUUCCUUCGGUCACCACGACACAGCAAGAAUGAUCAUUGACUGUAUUCGCUCUAGCUAGCCCUUUAAUAGUAUCGUAUACAGUCUUUGUCGCUGAACUUGAUUCUCUGUUCAGGCUUGGAAUCAUUAAAUGCAGCAGUGGGGUCACACUGUUUAUUUCUCUAGCCCAUGUUGAUGUCAUGAGAUUCGCGGGUCAGCCCUUCUCGUCCCUUCCCCUCCUUUCUCCUUGGGCUUCUGCUCUGGGUGUCAAUGGGCACAGCAGAUGCGGGCAUUUGCUCCUCAUCUCCCUCUUCUAAACCAACCAUGUCGUACCAACGCAACGCCAACAAGCAAAUCACAUUCCCUAAAAUAGCAAAAGAAAAGAAAAGAAAAAGGGACGAAAAGGAUUCGCGAUGUUACUCUCCCGUCGGCGUUUCCGUCCCAGCUGACUCGCAUGUUCAUCAAUCACAUCAAUCAACCCCAUCUCCAACCGCCCAUCCAUCACUUCCAGCCUGAUGGCGUGCGGCGGCACUUAUUAGUUUACUUUCGCGAUAUUCUGGCGCCAGGUUAACCAACCCCGCACCGUUGCUUCCUUCGGCCUUGUUUCAGUUUCUCGUGUCCGUGGGGCAUGAACUAUUAUUAUUAUUAUUUAAUAUUUCUUCCUUCUCGUCACUGUUGUCAGCCAUGCCCACGGUUCCACGCAGCGCCGCGGCCCGCGUCUUGCCAAGAGGUAAACAAUGCGGGUGAGCCACGAAAUCCCGUGACACACCAGAAGAUUUAGCCCUAGUCCUAAAAUGGGAACUGGGAACGGCAAACUCAGCGCUAGCUCAUGAAUUCAAUCAAAAGGAAAUUGUUUGCCAGUAUCAGGAAUGGACCGAAAGAGAUUGAGAAAACAUAUCCCAGGCAGAAGAAAAGGUUGGGACGCAAAGAGAACGACAGAGUUGAAAUUCUUAGCAUAUUUUUUGCUUGCUGUCGUUCUCCGAUCAGAUAUCGCUGACCGGGCGACUAUUUCGAUAGUCCAUCGACUAGCGAAACGAACUCAAUUUACAGCGUGUACAGCGAGUAUCUUUUUCUCCGGACCGGAUCUACCCUUGGGUGGAUUCUUUUUUUUUUUUUUUUUCUCCUUCAUUCGCCUCUCCUGAGGACCUGUAUUCAUGCGCAUGCACUCUGGGGCGCCUAUCUUCUAGAAGCCAAUAGUUUGUGUUCGCCGGGAAAUUGAGAGCUUUACUCAUUGAAGCAAGGCGUGGGUGGCACGUCGUUGUCAUGGUGAACGGGAAAAAUUUUUCCUCAGCAAAGAUGCUAAUUGAACAACCCAAAAUCCUUCCGUGGUUACACGUUCGUGGUUACAUGUUCCCUGACAUUCACCUCAACAAUUUCGGCGAUGAUUAAAGGCCGGAGAAAGCCUCGGAGUGGCUCCACUUCUUUGCUAUGCUGACUCUUGUCUUCAGACGACUGAGACGAGACGUCUGGGUAUCGUGAAGAUAAAAUGCUCUGGGAUUGGCGCACAUGUUGCUUGGCCCGACAUGCAGCUGCAUAUUGUACUCCGCUUAUUGUGUGCCAUGUUACCCUGAUAUGAAUACUUACUUAUUCCGGUAUCUGACCAAGAGCUUUGCUCGUUCAUUCUUGAAACGGUGUUUUUAUUCCAUCACUUCUCUUCGUUGUUUUCCAAGCAUAGCUGCUCGUUCUUUCAUAGUGUCCUCCCUUGAGGACAUAAGAAUACUCUCACGUUUUCCCGUCUCCAGCUUCAACAAACAUAGAUGAGCUUUUCAUCAGCUGGCUUGGAACAAAUAACUCGAUUUGGAAGUCUAAAAAUAAGGAUAUAUCUAUCGCAUAUUAUUGACAAUUAUUUUCUACGAAAACCCAAUAUUUAGGUCCCCACGCUGACUUUUUGGAGUGGUGUUGAAUAACAUCAUUUAGUUGCUUGUAUGCGAAUGGGGCAAGCUACAAUUCUAUUGACAAUAUAUAUUACUAUAUAAGGGUUUAUGAACGCUACUAAUUAAAUAUAACUAUUCAAGCACGUGAGCGCGCCUCUCCAGAAAUUUUCUUGCGGUGUACUUCGACAAAUCGGGGGUCGGACAACCCAGCAUACAGCAAACCUAUCACCGUCACGGUCGUUUAGGACUCUCGUCUGAGAUGAAAAAUAGUUUCGAGAGUCCCCUCCCUCUCUUCUCUCUGGCUACGGAUAGCUGCCACAUGUGCGUUGCAUCUCGUCAUCAUGGGCCAUGUCGAUAAGGGAAAUUCCCAGGGAUGAGUGAUCAAGAAACGCUUGGAGACUGCCUUAAAUGUUCAGACCUCAUCCAGUAGCCAUUCAUUCAACUUCAUCCCAAGUUGUCUAGCAUUGUUUGCCGGUUGCUUUCCUUCGUUGGGAUCAGGAAAUGAUACUUACAACGGCAGAUGCGGGACGAUUUGACAAGCCACCCGGAGUUAUCAUUGCCCCAUUUUUAUUAGAACCGUCUCAAUUCGGAUUUUUCAGAUUUUAAUCUAAGGUUUAGGCAUUGGUCUCUGUUUUUUAUAACAGGUCAAAACGCGCAGACUGUCACGAACGUGCCAGCGGUUGUUGAAGGAUACCUCCCAUCCCUAAAAACCAAAUCCUCAUUAUCCAACCAGUCAACCUGGCCAUCGACCGUCUCCGUAUCGCCCGUCCGACAAUCCAUCGCCACAAGAUCAAACGGGUAAACAUGAUACAAAACCGUGGCCUUAAGAUUAGGCAUCUGCCUCGCCGCCAUAUUCGCCCCUCCAAUCAUCUGGUUUAUCAACACAUCCCUCCUGCAAUGUGUACCAGCUGAACACAGCUUCGCAGACUUUGCGCUCAUCACCCUCUUCAAUGGGUCAUACAGGCUCAGAUGGAACACAAAAUCCUUCCGAGCCGUCGUAUACUGAUUAUCAUUCUUACUACCAACGCCAAAAACCUCUGGGCAGAUCUUAUGCAUCCUCACUCUCAACCGCUGCAGGUACGGCACAUACCUCCCUAUAAGCGGGCAGAUAUGCUCAUUUUCCGAAGGAUGUCUUCCCUCAGCACAAUCCGCACCCGCCUCCAUAAACGCCGAUCCGCAUGUAUCCAACUCCAGAACCCUCAAUCGAUCCGCCGGGAUACUCCUGCACAUAAGCGCAACCGCAUCCGCGUGUAGAUAACUCUUCAUGUGCUCGAACAGAUGCGCCUGCGCGAUGCCGUGCGAGUUUGAUUCUCCUUCGGCCUGGAAUCGGAAUCGGGUCAACGUCUUCAGUGUGCCCAGCCAACUGGAAAGACGGGUCAUAUCCGCCCUUGUCCUUUCGACCCAGUCAGCGAGGAUCUUGAAUCGUUCCGGGAUGGCCUGCUGCGUCUCAGGGUCGAUCAGAGUAGACCAUCCUGAGUAACCGGUCAGGCGGAUGGAGAGGCUUGUUGUCUGCGUUGGCGUGGGCGUAGUGCACUCAUUCACGGGAGAUAAUUCCGAAUCUGAUUUCGUUUCUGCUCGUGUACUUGUAACUCCCAGGUGUUGAUGUUGAUAUUGAGAUUCAUGGUCCGGUAUAUCAUUCCCAGGUGCAGUCAUUUCUAGCUGCUGCAGCGCGAGGAAUUUCUUCAAGCCGGUCGCUGAGAGUUUCACAUCUUCCAUCAGGACUGUUGAUGCAAUGCUGUGCCAGUAUUUGCAUAUGAGUAACAUGUCUAGGUUGUUGGCCCUGAGCUCGUCGGCGCCAACAUAUUGGAGAAUUUCGAGGAGGAUCUCCGGGGGGAGAGUCGUUAGAUAGCCCCUAUCUUUCCCAACGCCGCUGCUCGAGUUGAGGGUGAGGCGAGUGUAGUCAUGGUAGUCGUCAUCGUUGACGCUGACCUCGUCUCUCGCUAGCAUGGUUCGGCGGAUAAUGAUGUUUCCUAUCUCGGCCCAAUAUAUUUCCUAUUUAUUCCCUUGCGGAGUUGGCACUUUCGGCCCAAGUUUUGUGCGGGUGGUUUGACGUAGGACUAAGUAAUAGCAGUAAGGAGAGGGGAGUGUUGUUUUCUUUCUACCAUUCAAUGCAAAUAUAUAAAUAACUAAAGCGGGAAGUGAAAGUCAUACGAAUAAGACAAGCACAAAAGAGACGGGAGAGAUGCUGAAUGAUGAUAUACUGGAAAAUGAAACUGACAGAAGAGUAUGAUUGAAGGGGAGGAUUAAAUAUCAAUAUAACAACCAAAAAAAAAAAGUUUUUAAGCAACAGCUAACCUCUACCCGCCCUGCAAGACGUAGGAUUAUUAUCCUGGAUUUCAGCUCCGGCUCUAGGUACGGAUCGAGGCAUGUUUAAGGAAUUACUCAACACCUCAGCCAUCAAUCCCAAGCCAAGCAACAAAAAAGCGUAGACGUCCGAGGAAGGUGUUGGUGGGCCCUUUGUUGCAUCCAGCAGACGAAAUCACGCCGGCGCUGAAAUUCAGUUGCGUUUAAAGAUUUUUCUAUAUAUAAAACCCUCCCCCCUCCCCCCUCCCCCCCCCUUGGCAGCCUGUUCGCCGCUGGGUGGAGCGGUUUCAAGAUUUUCAGAAACAUACCGAGCCGACUGCUGACCUGCAAAUCACCCGCUCACGUCAUCGGCAUCCUGCUCUUUUCUUUGAGGCCCGUGUGAAGGCCCGGAUAGCAAACACCAUUGCGAUCAUGUGAUGGCUUGAGUGCUGAUUUCAACAGUGGAUUUUCUGUGUUAAAGAGGGAAUAUGGGGUAGCACAGGGGGAGGGGGGACUGGAAUGAUAUUUUGAUGGGUGGUGGAUGGGCCAGGUAAGUUCUCAGCAGGACAGGUUGGUUUAGGUGGAUAGUUGUUCAAGCUUUAUUAUUUAGUGGAAGAUGGGGAGAGACAAGGCGCUCUCCUCCUGGUCUCGGCCUUUUUAAAUAUCUAUAUAAGAUCAGCUGUGAAUAGUUAAAUGACUAGAUGUCUGAGAGUAAUGUUCUACUCUUCGUCAUAGCCAAAGUCGCUUUUUCACACAAUAUAGUAUAGUGGACCAGAUAUAUAUAAAGAUGUUUCGUUUCGGUCAGUGGACCGGCA